AAUGGACGGAGAGACAGACCACGCAGGGAAGGAGGAGAUGGAGAGUGGCACAGAGGUGGCGACAGCCGAGGAGGACAGUUCUCACGUCACUGCGGAUGGACAUGAGACAGACGGUGUCCCGGCUGAAGUGGCUGCAUCGAGUCACGAAGAGGAAAGCUCUGAGAGUGUGAAGGCGGCCGAGGAGCCACCCGUCGAAGCAGCCACGCCUGAGCCAGCAGACAAGUGUGGAGACGACAUCACCACGGCUAAAGACCUGGGUGUGAACGUCGACGAGGACAGCGAUGGCGACGGGCCUCCCGGGCGGCUGCGCCUCGAGACCCCGGGCAAAGAGAGGACCACGAGUCCUGCACGGCAGGAGGCAAAGGGGGCCAACCCCGGCGCCGCACGCGGCGGAGACACCAUCUGUGAGGAGGAGAGAGCCGGAGCCGGCCAACGCUGCAGCGCGCCGCAGGCGGAGCUGGCGGAGUACCUCCGCGGGAAGGACCGGGAUGACGCCCGGCCGGAGCGGGAGAUGCCCGCGUCAGAGCGGCUGCAGGAGUACCACAAGUACAUUAACACCCUGACGGAUUUGAAACAGCAGCUCGCCACUGACACCGAAGAAGCCCGGCAGCAGGCCGAGGAGCUGAGGCUAGAGGCCCAGGGGAGCUUGGACAAGGUGGAAGGUGAAUGGCGAGCGCUCGUGGCACUGAAGCAGCACGUAGCUGUGACAGCGCUGAGCCGAUGCCUGGGUAGACGAGUGGCUCAUGCCAAAGUGGAGUCAACCCUGGCAGCAGAUCAGCUUCGCCAGGACGCGCUGAUCCAGCUGCGGCUGAAGCACAUCGAGCUGACGAUGAAGAUCCGCAGGAUGGAGGCGGAGCUCCGCGACGGGGAGGAACGCGACAGGGACCCCCUGCAGCUCCAGUUUGACCAGCUGCAGGCCGCCAGGCUGGAGCAGAAAGCCCUCAGUGAAAAGCAUAGUGAGGAAUCAACAAAGCUGCAGGACAAGAUCAGCAGAGGCUUGGAGCUCCUGUCGAAUGUAAAGGAGAAGCUGUUCUGGAGCAAGGCGGAGGUUCAGGCCAAGCAAGAGCAGCUGGCCAAGUUGGAGGCCAUGGUGGCCAGGAAGAAAGGGCUCCUGACCAGGACCAAGCAGGCAUGCAACAGGCUGAAGAGGGACAACCUGCGGCUGAAGGAGUGCCGGGGAUUGCUGGGGAACAGGGUCCUGCUGAGGGACUUUGAGGACACUGUGGACGCCUCCGACCACCUGGAGGAACAACUGGAGAAUCUGAAGUGCCGCCAAGCCGAAAUUGGCGACGGCUGGGGCAGAUGGAAGGAGAAGCUGGGGACAGCUAAAUGAAAUUAAUGAGCAAGGGACCGAGUAUUUCUGCGUUGAGGGCACUUUUACAGGUUACCGUGGUCGUGUCCGCUUAAAUCUCUGUAGGCCAAGUCACAACAGGAUCAUGAUCACUUAAUCACUGUAACCAUUUCAAAAAAUAUAAGAUAAUAAUAUAAUAUAAGAUACAAGAUAUAUAUUUUGAUAUAUAUCUCGAUAUUUUUUAGCUGAAUGGCGAUACUCGAUAGGCAUCUCUUUUUUUUAUCCUGUGAAGAAAUAACAAAGUCAGUCAGUGUCAAAUGUCCCACAGGCAGUUUUAAUAACCACCUGCACAAUAUCAACAUGUACAUGAAAUUGACACAAAAAUAAAUUAUUGGCUUGUUAAAUAACAAUAAAUAAUAAUAUUAAAUAAAAAUGAUUAGAUAAAUAAAUGCUCCUUUCUUGCAUAACAGAAUACACAGAGCUGUUUAAAUAAUGAAAAUGUAAACAGAACAGAUACAAGCUUCAAGUUCUGGGUUGCAGCACAAACCUUUACACACUCCGUGUAUGCACUUUAUGGCGCUGUUUUAAAUGGUGGUAGAGAUUCGUCGCGCUCGAACUUUUAGUUGCAACCUGUUUUGCAGCAUUCUCUACAGAAUACAGUAUUAUGCUGCUCAUCUGAAACUUUCAAUCCAACCCAUCUCCAAAUGAUCAAGCCAUUAUUUCUAAUUUUACUAACCAACUUCGGCUGCUUGCCUCUCGUUUGUGCAGGUCUCCUUGUUGGUGCUGCAUGCAGGACUUGUGUGUGAGUGGGCCGUGGAGGGGCAGGUAUUGGUUUCACUCAGAGAGGAAGAGAAGCAAGGCAAGGAGAAGUUGUGUGUGAGGGACAGACAGGGAGAGGAGAAAUAGGCGAACUGGCGGUUCCACGAAAAAAACUUGGGGGUUGCCACCUUCUAUGCAUAAAAAUAAAUGACGCUUGGCUCCUCGGAGCCAUGGCCAGCAUGGGUCCGAGGGGUGGGGUGCCAGUGCUAGUAAAUCUUAAUUUAUAAUCAAACUUUUAGUUUGAAGUGCUUUAUUAAUAAAAACAUUAGAAAUAACUGUAAUUUAGUGAAAGAUAACAGUCCAUAAAUGUUUCCCAUGGGAUUUUGAAAUACUAUGGUGGGUGGACGUCAGAACCUUUAAGGGGGUCCAGGGGCGUGCUCCCCUGGAAGAAAAGUUUGUACAUUUCAAAGUUAAAUCCAUCAAUCUGCAGCACUUUGAUAUAAAAUUAAGAGGCUAGAUAUAAAAGAACUUUAUACUGUACUAGUAAACAAUUGGGUUCGGUAGUAAAGAAUUUAAUCAUAAACACAUGAAGGUAUGUAUGAGUCAGAAGGAUGAUCACCACCCUUAAUAUUACAACCUAUAUGUUUUGUUUGGACAUGGACAUCCCCCACCCACAUACUAUUACAUAAAAGCAUAGUUUCUUUUGAAAAUAUCAUCAUUUGCAUGAUUCUGUCUGUAUUAUGAUUUUCAUUUAAUUUCCACCAUCAUGUUUUGUGUUAUUCAGAGAAAUGAAGUAAAUUUUCAGACUGCCUUGUCUGUCUGUCUGUCUAUCAUAUCUCGAGAACCGUUCAUCUUGGCAUGUGUGCUGUUAAGGGUCCAAGAAAGUGCAGUGUUGAGUUUCAUGACUCAACAACGUAAGACACGCUGUCAAUCACGACAACGGCGCAUUCACAUUAACAGCGCGUUCAUGCAACGGCGACAACAGCUGACUCUCCAGUACAGGGUUCUGUGUACUGAGUCGAGCUUCACCGUACACACAUUAUAGAUUGUUCAGGUUGUUAUGAGAAGUGUAAACAUGUUUUCGGUUUGUUAUGGUAAUGUAGGUUAUUCUGGCCCAUAGUGAAUCGACCGGUGAAUCUAACAGGUUGAGUCUACAUGAGUACUGGCAUCUUGUCCCGAUACGCAAGAAAAAGUAACGAAUGCCAAAGAGUAAAGUACCGGUGCGUGGCCCCUGGCCACCAAGAGGCCCCAUGCACAACGUAACUAUAGGCACAAUACAACCAUAGUCAGUCAGACAGUUGAAGAAAAAAGGCAGUAGUGUAUGAAGUUAAAGAUAAAGGCAAUGUCACAGAAAAGGACAUGCAUGACGUCCAACAAGCCUUUGGUUCAGUCAAGGUAUCUUCAGCUAACUUGAGCUAGCUAACCAUUAGCUAAGAAAAUAUAACAACAGCUAGAUUCAACUCAGUACUGUAUCACUUCAAAUAUUAAAGUGUCAAAUUAACACUGGACCACUAUUGUGAGCUGGCUAAUUUUUAAGAUUAAAAACCAUAGAAGCAUAAAGGCUGACAUCAGUUUAAUGUACACAACACACCUACAACAGAUUAAAUUGAUAAUGGGUUUGUUAUAUUAACAGAAGUUGUGCGAACAAUCAAGCCUAGACAAUAGUGUUAGUGGCGGGGCCCAAAUCAAAUUCUGCUUAGGGCCCCAUAAAGUAUAGAGCUGGCUCUGCAUUGCAUUUUUUUGUACUGAGUGCAUAUUCAAACCAAUAACAACAGGGAUGAAGAAACUACUAGACACAGCACCAUCUUCCAUGGUUAUUUAUGCUUAUGUUUUGUUUUUUUAAAGCGGCCCCUGCAGCGAAGGAUAAACGCACUGUUUACGCACACAUUGUCACUUAAUUUCUGAUGCAGAUAUUGCAUCAACAGAGGCAUACAGAGUAUAGGGUGAGACAACUACAGGAUUAUGCAUUUUCAGUCAAAAUUAUUUUCUCAUCUAGUCUAAACUGUCACUUGGAGCAGCUGAUUUGUGUGUGGGCCUGGGUGUGCCAUCAUAAAGUUAACAUUAUUGUCAGGUGCCACUUUGCAAAUGUUACUGGUCCCACACAGGCCUCAUGCAUGAAUAUAUCAAACCUAUUCAAGGUGAGGCAGUUAGAGAACAGUUUUACAGAAAUUUACUUUUUCAUGAUGACACAGCCUUUUCUCAAACUAUUAUGGGGCCAUCUCAAUAUUGCGAUGUCAAAACAAGAAAUAUAUGUUGAACAAUGGCACUCUGCAUCUACAGGUCUAAUGUUUAGUUUACUAUCAUCCACAAGUUUAAUCACCAUCGACUCUAAUUGGAGGUGAGACUGACUAGAUGCUCAUCAUGUGACCAGAGUAUUUUCAGUUAUUUGUCGACGUGUUGCUGUUAUAAAGUGCUCACUGUUGUUGAUGUCUCAACCCAAAGUUGUCGUAAUAGAGGAUCCAGCAUCUCUGUCCCCGGCGGCAUCCUGUCCGACGCUGGUGGGGGGCGAAGCGCACACUGGCACGGCAGCUGAACUGUCAUUGCUACCUGAGCUGCUUUGUUUCUCCUGAAACAAGAUCUUUGUUCUUGUAGUGAGCUUCCUGUCUGAAAUGAAUACAUGCCAUAUUUAGCCGCAUUAGGGCAAACAAAGGCAUGGCCCAACCUACUCUGCCUCUGAUUGGUGGACUCUGAUAUUCUUAUACUACCUCUGACCAAUCAGCACUCCUCAUCUAUAACCAACCUCACGUCAAAGGCAACAAGUACUAGCCAAUCAGAGACAGAGUAUGCUGUGCCGAUUGAAAAAUUGGUGGGUGGUAUCUUUGUCUAAACAUGAGAUCCAAUGAGAAAUGCAUACAGUAUAAAAAUGAUACAGCAUUCUGUCUUCACUUUCUGACAGUAGAUGGCACUAUUCUGUUCUACAAUAGUGUAUAUUCAGACAUCUGAGGGAAGAAUGCAGUUACAAUAUUUGUAGGCGUGUAUCAUUCUCGGUCUUUAAGUUCUUGCAUUUGUCAUAGUUUGCAGCGAGAGGUGAAAUACAUCCAGCUCGACUCAUUGUUUCAGUCUGCAGCCAAAUGUGCAACAUUUCGGAAAACCCAACAUUUCACAAAACAGCAACAUUUCACAAAACACAACAUUAGUUGAAACAACAGCAUUUCACAAAACACAAAAACAUUACAGAUUACGCAAAGGGAGGGACACGACCUCUUGUUUUUGAUUGGAAAGAAACUAGGUCUGUGACGACAGUUCGGUGACAUUUCCUGUUUCUCUUCCUAGCUCGAAUUUUAUACUGUGUUGAAGUGAAUGGAAGGUGUUUGAAAUCAUGAAGAAACAUUUGAAGAUACAGUGUUUAAUAUUUGGCAACAUCCCCUUGAGCCCCCCCCCCCCAUGUAGCCGAAAGAGAUCAAACUACCUGUUACGAUUUUGUGUUGUACAACUAUGUUGAGUGUUGCGUCUUUUUCUGCCGUUGCCAUUUUUGAAUUUGUUCUUCUUCCCGUUUUCUCUUCUUUCGUGACAAGGUUUCAUGCUCUCCUCCUAUCUUCUUUUAUAAUGAAUAAUAAGUAUGAUCCUUCAUUUCGUGAACUCUGAAGACAGGCGACCACUGUUUCCUCUUCCGGUCUCCGGCAGUGCAGAAAAGUCAAUGCGUAUGCAAAUGUUCAGUCCAUUUUCGGCAAUCGUAUUCAACAUGACGGAGCAAACAUGGCGGCAUACACGAAAGUCGGGUCCACCUAUCUUACUUUGAUUAACUCAUUCAAAGUUUACGGUAAAAACACUGGUUCUUUGUUUUUACAUGAUUGAUUAUGAACAAAUAGUUAUGGACAACAUGUUAAAUUUGUGUUAAUAAGUUCUUCCAAAAAUUACACACCUUAGCUUUUAACAAAGGACAUUCUGUCACGCCUCCGCCUGCCGGGACUUCCACACAGUGACAGUCUGGUGUGUGUGUGUGUGUGUGAAUGUGUUUUGGUUUUUUGUCUGUCUGUCUGUUUGACAUACUAACUGGAGGAUCUCUGUUCUCAGAAAUAACCCACCUUUGGAAUCCUCUGCUGCCAAUAGCCACGCCACGCACUGGAACAUCAAGUCUACAGCCGUACUGAGGAACACAGCCCAGCAACCCCUCUGCCAGCCCAGCCAUCUUCGGACCCUGCACCCCCACUGCCUGCCCACACUCACUGCUUCAAUAAAAUAAGACUCUUUUCCACCUACUCCAGUCUGCGCUUGAGUUCUGUCCCCCAAGGCCUUUGACAGAACAAUCCGGCCAAGAUGGACUCAGUGGAUCUGGAGCCGGUGUGUCAUGCUGUCGCCACACAGGGAGCAAUCCUUGAGCAGCACAGCCAAGCUCUCGAGGAAAUCAUGGUAGGACUUAACCAGCUAACUGCACGUCUGACUGAUAUUCAGACUGUCCCUCAAGCAGCUCCUUCAGCGCUGGGGUCCCCAGCUCCCGCCGCAAUUCCGUCAAGUGAACCAUGGGUUUCUCCAACCGAGAGGUAUGAUGGACAUUUGGGUCAAUGUCAGACUUAUCUCCUGCAAUGUGGCCUGGUUUCGAUCUGCAGCCCCUGACGUAUUCUACUGAGAAAGCUAAGAUAGCUUACCUGAUUAGCCUGUUGCGAGGAGAAGCAUUGGAGUGGGCCUCUGUUCACUGGAGAUGACAGGAUCCGGUUACUUCCACCUACGCCUACUUCACUCAGGAGAUGAGUAAAGGGUUUGACCAUCCCGUUCAAGGAAAGGAUGCAGCCAGGAGACUGUUUUCUCUUCGCCAGGGGUCGCGGGGUGUGGCCGAGUAUUCCAUUGAGUUUCAUACUCUGGUUGCUGAGAGUGGGUGGAAUGAAGCGGCAUCGCUAGCCGUGUUUGUUCACGGCCUGAGCGAACGGUUAAAAGAUGAGCUUGUGUCACAUCAGAACCUGCUACUCUGGAUGAUCUGAUUCCUCUCUCCAUCCGCAUUGACAGUCAAUGCUGUGAAAGGAGUAGGGAGAGUCGAGCUGCUGGCGGUGACGUCAGUCCCCGUUGAGAACAUCGUUCACCUGCUGCGGUGAGUUCUCAUCAGGAUAAGGGGCCUGUUUUUCCACUAGGAACCCGGAGGAGGGCUUCACCUGACCAGAACCUAUGCAGCUGGGUCGCAACCAGCUGAGUAGGGAGGAACCACCGUCGCAGAGCCAGGAACAGCUGUAUCUUCUGUGGUCAACGGGGCCACCACAUCGCCACCUGCCCUAACCGUCCGUUAAACCGGAGGGCUCGCUAGCUCAGGUAAGGAUACUAGCGAGUCGGACAACUAUCCCUUUGUCUUCCUGUCCUCGAACCCAACUGCAUGCCACAAUCUGCUGGAAAGGUCAGUCCUUAGAGAUACUAGCAUUAAUCGACUCUGGGGCAGAUGAGAGUUUUCUGGAUACUAGGCUAGUGAAUCAACUUGGGCUGCCCAUUGAACAUCUUGAGGUGCCACUGGAGCCUAACCCUAACGCCUUGGACAGAAGGUUACUCGCCAAGGUCACCACCAGAACCAGUCCCGUUCAGCUCCAGCUCUCUGGAAAUCACAGCGAACAGAUAAGUUUCUUUGUCUGUGAUUCUCCUUUUAUAAACAAUCCUAAUAUUGAUUGGACGUCAGCUAAGAUAACUAACUGGAGCCCCGCUUGCCAUGCUAGUUGCCUGCAAUCUGCCUUGCCCCUGUCUGUCUCCAGCCAGAAUUCCAGUCUGGAACCUCCUGACCUGUCCCUUGUUCCCGCUGUCUAUGAUGACAUUGGGGAGGUAUUCAGCAAACAGCAAGCCCUCUCCCUGCCUCCACACUGUCCUUACGACUGUGCUAUCGACCUACUGUCUGGUGACACUCAUCCCCGUAGCCGUCUGUACAGCCUGUCUAGACCGGAGCAGGGAGCCAAGGGGGAAUACAUUAACGGGUCUCUAGCUGCAGGCAUAAUUCGGCCAUCAUCUUCCCCACUUGGAGCUGGAUUCUUCUUCGUGGACAAUAAGGAUCGGACUCUCCGCCCAUGCAUUGAUUUCAGAGGUUUGAAUGACAUCACUGUUAAAAACAAGUAUCCUCUUCCCCUUAUGAGUACUGCAUUCGAGUCUCUCCAGGGCGCCUCCAUAUUCACCAAGCUGGACCUUCACAACACUUACCACCUGGUUCGGAUCCGUGAGGGGGAUGAAUGGAAGACGGCUUUUAACACUCCGCUGGGGCAUUUCAAGUACUUAGUCAUGCCUUUCGGCCUCACUAAUGCUCCAGCAGUUUUUCAGUGCUUUGUGAAUGAUGUUUUAAGGGACAUGCUAGGCAAGUUUGUGUUUGUCUACCUCUAUGACAUUUUGAUCUUUUCCAGAGACCCCGCCGAGCAUAUUCAACAUGUCCUUCAACGGCUUCUGGAGAACCUCCUCUUCGUCAAGGCAUCAGUUUCGUUUCUGGGCUACAUCGUGACUGAGGGUCAGCCUCAGAUGGAUCCUGGCAAGGUGAGAGCAGUCCAAGAAUGGCCCAGACCGGACAACAGAAAGCAAGGUGUUUGGGAUUUGCAAAUUUUUACAGCCGCUUUAUCAGAAACUACAGCCGUUUGGCUGCCCCUUUAACUGCUCUCACCUCCACUACAAGAUCUUUUGUUCUGGACACCUGAGGCUGAAGAGGCCUUCGCUGGACUUAAGGAGCGUUUCACUACAGCCCCCCAUCCACCCUGCCUAAACUACCCUCGGCCAAGGAAACGGCUGAACUUUUGCUACAGGAGAUAUAUUUGAUACAUGAACUCCCUGUAGACAUUGUUUCGGACAGGGGUCCCCAGUUCAUCUCUGCUGUUUGGCAGUCCUUUUGCCGAGCUAUUGGUGCCACCGUGAGCCUGACUUCUGGUUUUCACCCCCAGUCCAACGGACAAGCGGAACGAGCAGAUCAGAAGCUGGAAGUAGCUCUCCAUUGUAUGGUCUCAACAAAUCCUACCACCUGUUCUUCUCAACUCCCCUGGGUACAGUACGCCCACAACACUCUGUCCACAUCAGCCACAGGUCUGUCACCUUUUCAGUGUGUUUACAGGUUUCAACCUCUACUUUUUCCAUCCAAGGAGAAAGAGAUCUGUGCCCUCGGUCCAGUUCUCUAUUUCCGCAGGUGUCAUCGGACCUGGCUUCGGGUCCGGGCAACUCUGUUUAGGAACUCUGACCACUACCAGCGCCAUGCUAAUCGUCACCGCGUUCCUGCUCCAUCCUACUCUGUUGGACCACCUCAAGCUGCCCCGCACUAUCAGGGUGAACCCGUAUUUCCAUGUUUCCCGGAUCAGACCCGUCAAGACCCGUUUUUUUGUCUGUCUGUGUUUCUGUUUCCGUCUUCAGGUUCCACAGUGUGUGGACACGCCCUCCUGCUGACUCUCCCCACACACCAAUCCUUAUCAGCGCACCUGCAACUCAUCCUGCUCAUCAUCUGCCUUCAAAAAAGUCCAGAGCACCUGUCGAACCAGGUUCCUUGCUGCUGAAAGGGAAAAGAGGGCAAUUGAGCACAUCCCUCGACAGCUGGCUCCCAACCCAGGGUCUGAGAGCAACUCAGGAAAGGUAACCCUCCAUCAAAUCAAAAAUAAGGUAAAAUAAGAAUGGAAAACACAAAAACGAAAACAUAUCAAAAUUAACAGGACAGGGGCAGCACCCCAUCAGGAAAACCUAAUUAAAUUAGUCACGUAAACUUUUUGUUUACUUACUAUUAUGUUUUGAAUACCAUUAUAAUCAUAUUUAAUUAUUUACCACUGUAGAAAUUAAGUAAUUUAUUCAUCUCUCUUCAUUCCUUUUAUUUGCUACCUCAUAAUUUCACUCCUGACUUUAUUCUCCCUCCUGAUCUACUUACAAAAGUAAUACUGACAUCACAAUAAUGAUUAUAAUAAUAAUAUUUGAAUAGCUGUGACAACAGAUUUGGAUCCUGCACUUCUGGAGUCAGAGAAACCUGCACUACAGGGAGAGAGAAAACACAGUUAGUGACAUGUAACGCCAAUGAACAGAUUUUGAAUUGUAUUGUAAUUCCAUUUGCAGAGGUAAAAAAUAAUAAUUUCCACAUAAUUAUGAGGUGUAAUUUAUAUAUUUAUUCAUAAUUGCUUCAAAGUGAUGAACUUUAAAAUACAUCAGUGAAAACGAGUCAUAUCUAAUAAACAUGACUUGUAUGGCAGGUCUGGACUCUUUAAAUUGUGUUUGUACCUGAAAGAAACACUCAAACUACGAGAAAAUUGGAGUUCUCCUAAAUCACUCAUGAGCAUGACAUAAAACCAAAUCGGUUCUUGCAUGAGGCCCAAUGUGAGCCACUGUGCAGCGGUCUGACAGUGCACAAAGCAAAUUUGUGUGUGUGUGAGAGAGAGAGAGACAGAGAGAGAGAGGGAGGGGUAAAAAGGUAAAGACUGCUGCACAAAGCUCUACAAUGAAGCAAUGGCACAAAACACUAAGUUAAAGACCUUUUAAGUGAUAUAUAGUACCCUACUGUAUAUACAAUGUGCAUGCAGGGUAUAGACAGGUUUCUUUUAACCUGCAUGUUUCACACAAUUUCUGAUGUUUCCUCUUAAGCCAGCAAUAAAAAGUUGCUAAAAAAUGGAGAAUUUAAAAGUAAUUAAACCCAAAUAAAAUCCACAACAUUUAAAAAUGCAGCAAUAAAAGACAAUGACUGAUUCAAAAUUAGAGCGUCAUGAUUCUGCCCCCGUGAACUCUUGAAAUCGUGUAGACUUUUCUUGAUUUUUGUUCCCAGAACUGCUCAACCUAUCAGUUCAGCCCUCAGGCCAUCCUCUGAGCUCCGUUGCGCUGUACCUGUCCUGCCUUCAGGCCACCCACCUGAACCUCCCAGCAAGACCCAUGCCCGGCUCCCCAGAGACUCUUGCUCAUUGGUUUACUCCUAGAUCCCUCUGGACCCCCCUCCACCCACCUGGUUCAGUGCUGUGCGUUGUGGGCCCAUCACCGGGAGGGGGUGGUUAGGGGGGUACUGUCAUGAUUCUGCCCCCGUGAACUCUUGAUUCUUGUGGACUUUGAUUUAUUUAUUUGAUUAUCAUUCCUUGUGUAACUUUAGUUCCUUCCGAGUGUGUCUAUGCCUUAGUUAAGUUACUUUUGUCAUCCCUUGUGUUGUGUUGUAUUUUGAGUUUGCUAUUUCCCGUUGUACUUUGUAGUUUCUUUCCUCGUGUCUCUUCACUUCCUUUCCCUGUGUCUUGCUUCUGUUCUGUUUACUCCGAGUUUGGAUUUUGCGUUUUGGUUACUUGCAAGUUGUUGUUUUUGUUUUCCAUUUAAUAAAAUAGUUAUUCUUCAUCGAUACUUGACAUAGGGGGGAAGUUGGUUAAGGAGAACUAGUGGUGAAUAGAAGAGUAAGAGAAGAAGGGAGUCGAAGGAUAACUUGCAACUGUGUGGGUUGGUCCAGCAACCUGGUCAUUUUCUACUUCUGCGUCCCUGCCUUCCUCCCCAAUCCUCUACCUCAAUGUCUCAUCAUCCUUCUCCUCUCUCUCUAUCAAGGGGGGCUUUCCCAACUUGGAAAGGAGUUGGCCUCGUUCAUCCUCUUGCAAGGAUAACUUGCAGCUGCAUGGCUAGAUCCAGCAACCUGGUCGUUUUCUAUUUCUGUGUUUCUGCCUUCCUCCAUCCUUCCCUUACUCAAAAUCUCCUCUUUCUCCUCCUCUAUCAAGGGGACCUCCCAAACUUGAAAGGAGUUGGCCCAGUUCAUCCUCUUGCAAGCAUCAUUUGCAGCUGCAUGGCUUGGUCCAACAACCUGGUCAUACUCCAGCUCUGUGUCUCUGCCUGCCUCCCACCUUCUCUUCCCCGAAGCAUCCUCCUCCUUGGUGUAAUGUGUCUUCUUGCUCUUUUUGCAAGGAAAACUCACAGCUGUGUGGUUUGGUCCAGCAACCUGGUCGUUUUCUACUUCUGUGUUCCUGCCUUCCUCCCUCCUUCUCUUCCUCAGCAUCUCCUCCUCAUCCUCCUCUUCUCCCUCUAUCAAGAGGAACUCACAAAUUUGCAAGGAGUUGGCCCAGUUCACCCUCUUGGGAGGACAAUUUGCAGCUGUGUGGCCUGGUCCAGCAAUCUGGUCUCUUUCUAUUUCUGUUUCCCUGCCUUCCUCUGUCUUUCUCUUCCUCAAUGUCACCUCCUCGUCCUCCUCCUUCUCCUCGUCUUUUUCUAUCAAGGGGACCUCGCAAUUUGACAAGGAGUUGGCCUCGUUCAUCCUCUUGCAAGGAUAACUUGCAGCAGUACGGCUUGGCACAGCAACCUGGUCAUCCUCCAUUUCUGUGUCUCUGCCUUCCUCCCUUAUUCUCGUCUUCAACAUUUUCUUUUCAUCCUCCUCUCCCUCUAUCAAGGGAACCUCCCAAUUAGGCAAGGAGUUGGCCUCAUUCUUCCCCUUGCAAGGAUAACUUGCAGGUGCGUGGCUUGGUCCAGCAACCUGUUCAUCCUCCAUCUCUGUAUCCGUGCCUGCCUCCCACCUUCUUUUCCCCGAAAUCUCCUCCUCCAUCUCCUCUUCUUCUGUUGAGGGCAAGACUUUUUUCAGCCUCUUGUGCCUCUUUCUCUUCUUCGCCCCAGUCCUGGAUUGCAGGACUUGACAUUGAUGUCUCCCCUUGUUUUCAUUCUGCUGCAGGUCCUCAACAAUCUCCUGGUGCCAGCAUGCCAUAGCUACCAUUUGCUUCCUGAGUUUGAUGAUAAGCUCAUCUUUUAUAUUUAUUACUUCAUUCAAAUCCUUCUCAUUGUCUUUAGUCUGUUGAAGUUUGAAAUUCAACUUGGCAUUUGAUUGGGCCAGGGAUUUAAUUGUAUUUAACAUUUUCUGCUCACGAUUGCAAAACUCCUCUCUCUCCUCCAUCAUUUUCAUGAAGUGAAUGUUAACACGGUGUUGUUGUCUGUCCAGCUCAAGCAGGAAACCAUCUAGUAAUUCUAUUUCAUCUGUCUGGUGAUGAAGCUGUUGCCUCAGUUUUGCAUUUUCAGCAGCGAGGACUUGUUUGUCAUGCUUUCCUUUCUUUGGAGCCUUUCUGUUCUCCUGCUCAUCUGGGUCGGGAACCUCUGUUCCCGAUGUGACACUUUUCCGUCUUCCGUCCAUGCUGAUGCUUUUGCAGUUCAGUGGUUGUACAGAAGUUGUUGAAUGUAGCUGACCGCUGACAGUUACUAGAAGUAUAUUUAGCUAAGACAAAUGAUUUUCGUGAAUGCAGUUAUUGGUAUACUGAGUAUAAUUGUCUCCUUGAAUGGCAUCAUGAUGACGUCUUAUAACAUCAAAGGUUAUACAUUGACUUUGAUCUGGAAACUUCUAAAACGAUGACAUCACUAAUGCAGUAAUCAAAAACUACAUCUUGUAAUUGAAAACCUUUAUGGAUUGGUCAGCUCUUGGAUUUGUGCAAGCGACCCCAUAACAGCAUAUCGUACCUAGGAACUCGAGACACCAAAGGAGGAGUGGAUUGACAACCAGGAAAUGGCCAAACUACAGGGAGCCUUUGGAAUCAUUUCAGGACAUAUGGAAAACAACGCCAUUUUUCCUAUACAUCAAGGACUGUAUAUACAAAGGACAGAGUAUCGCCUGAGAUUGCAGCACCUAUUAUUCUACAAGAAGGAUGUACCCAAAAUUGUCACCCAGGUGCUAGACAGAGCGGCAAAUUCAAUCUGGAGUGACACAUCCAAGGCCUUGAGACAAUUGCUGUCAUCGCUCACAACAGUGACUGCUGAGGGCAAUUCUGAGGAUUCAGAAUAAAGUAUUUUAAUAUGUUAUUUGAGUUGGAUGCAAAUUGCAUAUGUGAGAUUGUAUCAGAAUGAUAGGGCUGUGCUGCUUGAAUCCGGUAAUCACCCAGCUCUCACUAGCCAACCGCCACUGGAGGGCAGACUAUAAAUAUAGGAAUCUAUAGAAUCUUCAUGAUUUGUUGAUUUUGCUGUGUUUAUUUUAUUACGGUUAUUUGCUGAAUAUUCUUUUGGCAGCUCACUCGGCUUUGUGUGAAAUUGUUUAUUGUUUUGCCUUUGCCUGUUAGAAUUCAUGUAAGAUUAAGCAUUUAUGCAUCUAUGAAUGUUAAAACAUGAAUGUUGAACGUCUUGGAUGGGUCACACUGUUGGGGUGUCCUGGCCUCCGUGUUCUGGGAAAGAUUGGGCAAGCUGUUCCACUUUUCUCUUUUGAAAAAAGUUCAUUAAAAAGUCAACCCGUGAUGAGCUAUUUGUCCAUCCUGUUUAUGGUUGAAACUAAAGAUUAGCUUGUAAUUAGAGAAGUUGGGUGUCACUCCACCAUUGAAUUGAUCACGUCAAAAGUGAGACUAUUGGAUAUGAGGCUUUGUUUGGCAAGUUUCGUCAGAAAGAAAGAAUCCCUUUUGUAGAGAAGGCUCAAGGUUCAGUAAAAGGGGCAGCAUGAACAGCUGGGGAGGGGUAAUAUAAAAAUGUUAUGUUAUGACCAAUUUUUCAGUACCUUACUCUGUGGAGCAGGGUGCCAAUUUUUUGUGUAAUUAAAUAAAUGAUUCUUGCAACAUGGAA